AUGCCUUCCCGUCCAAGACCCAUCAAUGCCACCGCCCCGCCGAACGGUCUGGGAGGCCUGAGCCGAUCUGUCAGUCGAUCAUGGGCCGCGGGACCUGCUGUGCAAGAAUCGAUAGAGAGAGAUAUCGAAGACUGGGACGAAGACUGGAGUGAAGAAGAAGACAGCGAGGAAGAUGAAGUGCAGACUCCCAUUGCUGCAUCUGCCCCGGCCACUAGCAAUGACUACUCGUUGGCAGCUUCGCGUCGGCGCUCGAGCUUUGGCGGACCUGGCAGCAGAGCAGCCAUCGGACCGGGCUUAUAUCAGACUUUGAGCGCUAGAGACCGCAUACCGCGCGAGGAGAGGCAGAGAAUUUUGGAAGAAGAGCGCAGUUUGCUACGGGACAAUGCUCUCAUCCCGCCGAAACACCCACGAAUGGACGAGGUUGGGGGACGCAAGAGCUCCUUCACCAAAUCUCUGUCUCGCAUGGCGUCCAGAGAAGAUGGAGGACUUCAAGAACAGCAUGCCGAACAGACGCCGCUACUGGGAGACCCGACACUGCCUUACGGAGGACAAGACGACCCCAGCACCAUCAAGCAGAAAUGGGAGGAGGCAGUCAAGGAGGGCAAGAUCCAGACGACGUGGCGGAGAGAAGCAAAGGUCCUGUCAGCAUACUCUCUACCAUUGAUGGCUACGUUCUUGCUGCAGUACAGCUUGACAGUAGCCUCAAUCUUUACGGUCGGGCAUAUUGGCACCCCAGAGCUUGGAGCAGUGUCUCUCGCCUCUAUGACUGCCAAUAUCACCGGAUACGCCGUCUACCAAGGCCUCGCAACCUCCCUCGACACACUCUGUGCACAAGCAUACGGCAGCGGCCACCGCAAGCUAGUAGGCCUCCAGAUGCAACGAAUGAUCUACUUCCUCUGGGCCAUCACCAUCCCGAUCGGCAUCAUCUGGAUUCUAGCCGAAGACAUCCUCCUCGUCAUCGUUCCCGAGCCCGCCGUCGCCGAACUAGCCGGCCUCUACCUCCGCGUCGUAUUGAUAGGCGCCCCCGGCUACGCCGCCUUCGAAGCCGGCAAACGCUUCGUGCAAGCUCAAGGCCUCUUCUCCGCCUCCCUCUACGUCCUCCUCUUCUGCGCCCCCUUCAACGCCUUCCUCAACUGGCUCUUCGUCUGGCACCUCAAGCUCGGCUUCAUCGGCGCCCCGAUCGCCGUCGCCAUCACCGACAACCUCCUGCCAUUAGGACUCUGGCUCUACGUCCGCUUCUUCAGCGCCAAAGGCAUGAGCUGCUGGAACGGCUUCACCCGCCAAGCGCUCAAGAACUGGUCUCCCAUGAUCAAACUCGCGAUCCCAGGCCUCCUCAUGGUCGAAGCCGAAGUCCUCGCCUUUGAGAUCCUGACCUUCGCCAGCUCCUACUUCGGCGUCACCGUGCUCGCCGCCCAAUCCGUCCUGGCCACGCUCACCGGCAUAACCUUCAUGAUCCCAUUCCCCCUCUCCAUCGCCGCCUCCACGCGCGUCGCGAACCUCAUCGGCGCCACCCUCGCCGAUGCAGCAAAACUCACGACCAAAGUCGCCUUCGUCGGCGCCUGCAUCAUCGGCAUCUUCAACGUCACCCUCCUCUCGGCACUCAAAGACUACAUCCCCUACCUCUUCACGGACGACCCGGAAGUCAUCCGUCUCGUGUCCGACAUCCUGCCCCUCUGCGCCGCGUUCCAGCUCUUCGACGCACUCGCGGCGCUGUGCAACGGCACGUUGCGAGGCUUAGGGAGGCAGCAUUUCGGCGGGUACGUGCAGUUGUUCUGUUACUACGUCAUUGCGAUGCCGAUUAGUAUGGGCACGGCGUUUGGGCUGGGCUGGGGGCUGUGGGGGCUGUGGACGGGGGUGGCGUUGGCGUUGGGGCUGGUGGCGGGGAUCGAGUUUGUGUAUUUGGGACGGACGGAUUGGGAGUGGAGUGUAAGGGAGGCGAGGGAGAGGAAUGAUGUUGAGGGAUGA